AUGGGUCGCAUAUCGCUUGGACGUGGACUUCCCGUACUAGUCGACACAGUGUUUGGAUGGGUCGUCUCAGGUAAAUGUUCGGAUGUAAAUGAUGAACCCGUGAAUUGCUGCUUAGCUACUUCGGAGAAUUUGAUGGAAGCACUGGAAAGGUUUUGGCAGGCCGAAAGUCUUGAUGAGCAACAAAUUUGGUCCAAAGAAGAGCAAGACUGUGAAACUCACUACAUUGGAACCCAUAAGCGGUUAGAAGAUGGCCGAUACGAAGUGCGCAUGCCCAAGCAUGUCAACUUUACUAGAAUGGUAGGUGAAUCAAAGGACGUAGCGAUGAAUCGUUUUUUAAACCUGGAAAAACGGUUGGAAAGAGAUGCUGAAAUGAAGCAACAGUAUCACGCUUUUAUUCAGGAGUAUUUGGAUCUGGGUCAUAUGUGUAAGGUGUCUGAGGAUGCUGCAGUGGAUAUGCAACCUCGGAAAAUUCACUAUUUGCCACAUCACGCGGUAGUGAAGGAAUCUAGUACGACCACAAAAGUGCGUGUGGUAUUUGACGGGUCAGCUCGCACUAACUCUGGAUAUGCUCUUAACGACGCACUUUUAAAGGGACCCACCAUUCAAGAUUCGCUUCUCGGAAUUCUUUUAAGAUUUCGCAAACACGAAGUUGCCAUAGUUGGAGACAUCGCGAAAAUGUAUAGGCAAAUUCGUUUGCAUUCGGACGACACUUCCCUGCAGAGAAUAUUUUGGAGGUUUUCACCUGAGGAAGAAGUUGGCGUUUAUGAGCUAUUAACUGUUACCUAUGGAUUGACGCUUUCUUCCUUCUUGGCUUUUAGAACUCUGCAGCAAUUGGCUAAAGAUGAGGGAUCUGCUUAUCCUAGUGCUCAGGCAGCCCUAAUGCACGACUUCUAUGUUGAUGAUUUUAUAGGAGGAUCUUCUGAUAUAAACAAAGCUAUUCGGUUACGGCGCGAAUUAACAGAACUAAUGUCUAAAGCUGGUCUCACUCUGCGAAAAUGGUGCUCAAAUCGCCCAGAAGUACUUGCUGAAAUUCCUGAAGACCAAUUGGCCACAAAUAUUUCGGUCGCGUUCGAAAUAAAUUCCGAUGAAAGGAUUAGGACAUUGGGAAUUACUUGGGAUCCAAACUCAGAUGAAUUUCGCUUUUCAUUUGAUUUCACAAAUAACACGAAAAUUUGGACAAGAAGAAGCAUUCUUUCCUCCAUCGCUAGGCUUUUGGAUCCACUCGGGUUGAUGGCUCCGGUUGUGGUCACGGCCAAAUUGAUUAUGCAAAGGCUAGCCCUGUUGCAAACUGGAUGGGACUCCCCAGUCCCGGAAGAGUAA